CGCCCCUCGGGCGCUUGGUAGCGGGCAACUGAGGGGAGACCAGGUUGAGGCCACUGCCGGUGGCGGCGCGUCUUGUCUCCGUGUGCUCCCGGCGGCCGGUGCUCGCGCCCUUCUCCUCAGAAGCCAUGGAAAGUGCGGCGGCGGCGGCGGUGGCGGAGUUCAACAUUCUCCUGGCUACCGACUCCUACAAGGUGACACAUUAUAAGCAAUAUCCACCCAACACAAGCAAAGUUUAUUCCUACUUUGAGUGUCGUGAAAAGAAGACCGAGAACUCCAAAUUAAGGAAGAUGAAAUAUGAAGAAACUGUUUUUUAUGGGUUGCAGUAUAUUCUUCAUAAGUAUUUGAAAGGCAAAGUGGUAACCAAAGAAAAAAUUCAGGAAGCCAAAGAGGUAUACAAGGAACACUUUCAAGACGAUGUCUUCAAUGAAAAGGGGUGGAACUACGUUCUUGAGAAGUAUGAAGGGCAUCUUCCAAUAGAAGUAAAGGCUGUCCCUGAGGGCUCUGUCAUUCCCAGAGGAAAUGUACUCUUUACUGUUGAAAACACUGAUCCAGACUGUUACUGGCUCACAAACUGGAUUGAGACUAUUCUUGUUCAGUCAUGGUAUCCAAUCACUGUUGCCACAAACUCCAGAGAACAAAAGAAGAUCUUGGCAAAAUACUUGCUAGAAACCUCUGGCACUUUGGAAGGACUUGAGUACAAAUUGCAUGACUUUGGCUACCGCGGGGUUUCUUCACAAGAGACAGCAGGGAUAGGAGCCUCUGCACAUUUGGUGAACUUUAAAGGAACUGAUACAGUAGCAGGAAUUGGUUUAAUUAAGAAAUAUUAUGGAACGAAAGACCCCGUGCCAGGCCAUUCUGUUCCAGCUGCUGAACACAGUACCAUAACAGCUUGGGGAAAAGACCAUGAAAAAGAUGCUUUUGAACACAUUGUAACCCAGUUUUCUUCAGUGCCUGUAUCUGUGGUCAGUGACAGUUAUGACAUUUAUAAUGCUUGUGAACAAAUAUGGGGUGAAGAUUUAAGGCAUUUAAUUGAAUCAAGAAGCGCAGAGGCACCGCUGAUUAUUAGGCCAGAUUCGGGAAAUCCACUUGACACUGUGUUGAAGGUUUUAGAAAUUCUUGGAAAGAAGUUCCCUGUUACAGAGAAUGAAAAGGGUUAUAAAGUAUUGCCUCCAUAUCUCAGAAUUAUUCAAGGAGAUGGGGUGGAUAUCAACACAUUGCAAGAGAUUGUAGAGGGAAUGAAACAGAAGAGAUGGAGUAUUGAGAAUAUAACGUUUGGUUCUGGUGGAGCUUUAUUGCAGAAAUUAACCAGAGAUCUGCUGAAUUGUUCCUUCAAGUGCAGUUAUGUGGUGACCAACGGUCUUGGGGUAAAUGUCUUUAAAGAUCCUGUAGCUGAUCCCAACAAAAGAUCAAAGAAAGGCAGGUUGUCUUUACACAGGACACCAAAUGGAGACUUUGUUACCCUAGAAGAAGGCAAGGAAGAUCUUAAAUAUGGGCAGGAUCUUCUUCACACAGUGUUUAAGAAUGGAGUAGUAAUGAAAUCUUACUCAUUUGACGAAGUAAGGGAAAAUGCCAAGCUGAAGACAAGUGAACUGGAAGUGACACUUCACUAAAGUUUCAUUCCACAUUUGUAUGUGUGUAACCAUUAUGUACUACAUAGCUAAAGAUUUCUUGUACAGAUCUGUGUGUUUGUGUUUGCCACAUUGUAGCCAAAUUAUUUGUUGGUUUAUGGACAUCACUGCCCUAUUUUUUCUUGCCAAUCUUUAGAAAAGAUGGAAUUGGGAAAAGCCUUGCAGUGUAAACCAUGUUCAAUGUGCUUCUAAGGGCCUUUUGUCAGCAGUGAUUCAAUCUGGUAUUGAUCUCCUCACAAGUGACAGAGCUGAAACUUUUAUAUAUAAAUAUAUAUAUAGUAGGAUACCACAAAACAGAUUUGCAUAAAAGUAUCAUUGCUUUAUGUUUAUAUUUAACUUGUAUUUUUGUACAAACAAGAUUGUGUAAAAUAUAUUUAAAGUUUCAAUAAUUGCGUCUUACCAACUUUUCAUGAUUUUUAAGAGCACAGAAUUUCAAGGAAAUACUUGGGGUGGGGAAUCCAUUGCCUUUUUUUGUCCAUUGAUCAGCAAAUAAAACAUGGCCUUAAAGUUUUAUUGUGACAAUUGUACUAAUUGAACACUUAAUCAGGAUCCAUCACUCUCUUGGGAUCUCACAGAAGUACAAAUUCCGCUGUUCAUUAUAGUUAUAUCUAUGUCAAUCAACAACUAUGUUUCUGUUUUUAGUGGAAUGGUGAAGUGCUAUAAAUACAUAGACCUUGCUAGAUGGCAGGAAAUGUAAAUGGAAUGCCAAAUGUGGAAAGACUUUUUACUGCCACGGAGAUUGCUAAGAGCACCUCUUGUGUGUUAAUAGUAAGGCCAACAGUCCUGUGCAUAUUUUUCUGCAUGUAAGUCCCAUUCAGGUCAAUGGGAAUUACCUCCAAGCAAAUAUGCAUUCAAUUGAACCACAAAACUUCCAAGGGAUCUCCUCUUUUGCUACAGCCUGUGUCCAUGUAAAACACUAUUAUGGAAGUGAUGUAUUAAAGUAACUACAGUUUGGGGUUUAUUUUUCCACAUGUUGUGACAUCUCUAAAGCAAAUAUUGUACUGAAAAGUGCACUUUUUUUACUUUUUUGUAUUUUGGUCAUUGAGUUUUGUCACUGGAUGUUACAUUGUAUAGACAUCUUAACUAUUUUUUUUGGUUAAAAACAGUUUUAAUAAAACAUAUUAGCCAAAACCUUUAACAUUGAUAGCAUCCCUUAUAAGGGAAUACUAUGCAGAGGUUAACUAUUUUAAGAACAAAAGGGAAUGAAAGGUACUUCCUUUUUUCUUUUCUUUCUUUUUUUUGAGGUUGAACUUGUUUUAUGUUCUAACUAUGCUCUGAGUUGCUUAAGAAAGAACAAGAUGGUCAGUGAUGCAUCCUGACCAACUAUGUCAAGUUCUCAGGUAUGCAGCCAUGUUUCGGGACAGUUCCUAGAAAAGAAAUAUUUGCCCCCUUUUCUAGAAAAUAAUGGCCUUGGAUUAGGUUUGAGGUGUAAAGACUCUGGUCGCUGCUGAGAGGGGGCACGUGGCUUCAUCAAUUCUAUGGGAUAUGGUUUACAAAAAGUCUCAAAAAAUAUAGAAAACUAAAAAUAUUGGAAAAGCCAUAUUUUGACAUUCUUGCUAAGGAUCAUAUUUAACUAUCAAGUUACAUAGUUAAACAACUUUUACCCAGCCUUGAUAAUUGAUUUUGCUUAAUAAGUUUCCUGCUAUUACAGUAUCUGGUUAUACAUAGAAGAGAUGCAUUAAUUAAAAAACAUGGUUUGGUUAAUUCUAUACACCUUGGCAUUCAUGUUCAAAAGCAGCCUGCCCUGCCCUAAUUGACUGCAUUUACUCUUUCAGAGAACAGGUUCAAGGUCAGCAAAGGUUUUCACUCCACCGCACAAUGGAUUAGACCCCCUUUAAAAAAGAUGUGCUGAUUCCGCUUCCUGCAGCAGCCCUACAACUGCCCCUUUGUGCUGCUCUUGGGGUCCUCUGUUCCUAAGGGGGGCAUUUUGGGCUGCUGUGUGAGGUGAGAGAUGGAACAGUUUUGGAUAGAAUCCAAUCCAAUGCAUUGGGGAACAGAUUGUUUGAUAGAUGGUAUCCAAAACUGGUAAACCUCCCACAUAAUAUUUUUGUAUUUGAAAGCUGUAGAAAGACACUGUUAUAUACUCUUUAUCCCCUGAGUGAAUGUUUAAUUUAUGAAUCGUUUUGUACUUAGACGCUCUGAGUUUCCUCAGCUUAGAUUUGUUAAAUUAAAAAAAACCCUUCAAUUCAAGUCACCUGGUGCUAAUGAGUACCUAGCUCUUACCACUAAGGUAUUUAGUGUCAGACAGUUGACAUCUCAAUCAGUUUCACACUGGAUAGGAUUUUCUACAGAACCUGAAACUUAAACAUUCAGAUUCUUCCAUACAGAAGUAAACAGCAUGCUUGGUUUUGUGAGAAACAAUUAUAGGAACUGGUACUUUUAAGCUCCUAAUACAGAACAGUUAAAUACCUUGAUUUGAAAAUGGCCACUGGAAAUCUACUGUUGACGCUAAACACUUAUUUGUAACAUGUAUUUAACAAAUGAUGGCUAUUUUUUCCUCAGAGGAACGGUUGUAAAAUUGAUAUAAAAUCUUUUUAUAGCAAAGAUUGCCUUGGAAGAUUUAUGAUGUAUUUAUUGUUUGCCAAAAUUGAAACUUUAAACAGACUUUUCCUCUAGUUUUACAUUCCUUAAUCUACCUAGCAGAGUAAGUAUUCACCUAUGUUAAGUAGUUAUAAUGUACCUGGCAUCAAAGGUCAAUGUAAUGAACAUGGAAAUAAAGUUUUAGUUCUAGUAGUGAAA